AUGGUUAGCCUCGACCAGUCCGUGCGCUCCCCCACCCCCCGCUCGCAGGCCGCGUCGCCCGGCCCCCGCCCGACGUUCGACGCGGAGCUGCUCAAGGCGUACAUGAAGAAACUGCUGCAGUCGACGCUGCAGAGCGCCGCGUGGCCCGGCGCGAAGGACCGCGCGAAGGUCAAGGACUGGAUGAAGGAGAUCGGCGAGCGCGUCAAGGAGCGCAUGAUUGAGAUCCAACCGCGAGGCUUUAAGUAUAUCGUACUGACCCAGAUUAACGAGAACCUGGGGCAAGGGGGGCGUGCUGACAUGGUCUGCCACUGGGAAGACUCGGACACCGUGGCGCAGGAAGUGUUCUUCAAUGACUCUAUCGUAUGUAUAUGCGUGGCAUUUGCCGUACGGGUGGCAUAACACUGGUAUCGCAAGCUUAUUUGUGGGACGUCCAUCAUCAUCAUCACCACCUUCGUUUUCCGUUCAUCAAUCGUGGAUACCCGGCGACGACAUAGUGUAUGCAGAGAUACCCGGAAUAAUGAACAUGCCUAUCCGUUUGAAUGGCGUGGAGCGGGUGUGCGUACAAGCAUGCUGCGAGUGAGUUCAAUCUAUG